GUGGGGCGUUUGGCGCUAUAUAUCUGGGGGAACAGCAUGGAUUAAUGGCAAAAUCCACGCGCAUUCCUCCUUUUCUACUGCAGUCAACAAACUCAUCCAACAAGGGACUCAAUUACACCCCCCUCUUUCGACAAUGACGUCCUCCCUAUUAGCCGCUAUCGGACUCACACCAGCCCCUUUAUUCCCCCCCAUCCCCAAUUAUGGGCCAGGUUUCCUGAUCUUUCACUUUGUCUUCGCCUACGUCGUCAUGUCCGCGCGGGUCCUCAAAGUAUAUCAUGGCAUUGACCACCAGGUAUCCCCUCGCCAGGAUUUGAUUAAAUACGGUGAGGCGGCUGUGCGCGAAGGGAAGAUCACCGCGAAGCAACUCGAAAUGCUCCAUCGCAACGAAGCAGCACAUGCCAACUCCGUCGAGAACUACACCCUCUUCGUCGCAGGUAUCACCCUCGCCACCAUUGCGGGAGUACCACGCACAACCAUAAAUGCGGCGGGCUUAAUAUAUACCGUGGCACGGAUUCUCUAUGGUAUUCAUUAUAUCACUAUAGAUCGGAACCGGCCGGCUUGGUUCCGGAGUGUCCUUUGGCAGGCAGGAAACUUGAGCUGUCUGACUCUGCUGUGGAAGGCUGGACAGGCGCUGAAUAGUUAGGUGGAUUUCGAUGCUCUGGAGAUCGAAGAAGUGGUACUCAGUCGGCCAUUGGCUCCUGUUUCAUGCUUCAUGCUUCAUCUUGCUUGGUCAAUUAGAUAUUGAAGUAUAUCACUUCAGAUAAAAAUAUAGAACGAAUUUAUACAUUAUACUUCAUAACCCAGUCAAAUUGACUGGAGAACUUACACACCAUAA